GAACUGACUUUGUCGAUUGCAAUAACUCGACUGCUGGACCCGACCGCAUACGAACGAUAUCAACCCACGUACACUACCUCAACAUGAAGUCCGUCGCCUCCCUUUCCGCCGCCGCGGCCCUGCUCGCUGGCUCCGCGGACGCUUUCUGGCGCAUGCCAUGUCACUCGCGCACUGCGCUCGCACGUCUUGACCCCAUUGUCGACAAGGGCGUCGCCUCCAGCCACGGUCACGUCAUCCACGGAGGAAGCAACUUCGGAAAGACCACCACCUACGACGACCUGAGGGAGUCUGACUGCACCUCGUGCGCGUUCAGCGAUGACAAGUCUGCCUACUGGACUCCGUCCCUGCACUUCGUCCACGCAAAUGGCGAGGUUGAGAUCGUGCCACAGAUCGGUGGUAUGCUUGCAUACUACAUGCUCAUCGGCGACAACAUCAAGGCAUUCCCCAAGGACUUCCAGAUGCUCGCUGGUGACAGCCGCCUGCGCAACUUCACUGGCCCCGUCCCCGACCCGCCAACCUCGGCAUGGGGCCCAGAGGACCUUACCCAAGAGUCACUUGGACAGAAGGCCCUCGGUUUCAACUGCAUGAACUACGCGAGGAAGCCUGAGGGCUCGCGCUACCGCCACUUCAUGCCCGACAAGGAGUUCUUGGACCAGAACUGCGCUGACGGCAUCCGCGCCGAACUGUUCUUCGCAUCGUGCUGGAACGGCAAGGACACCUCUUCCCCAGACCACAAGAGCCAUGUGGCUUACCCGUCCAACAUCGAUGGCGGAGUCUGCCCUGAGGGCUUCGAGACGCGCCUGCCGUCCCUGUUUUACGAGACCAUCUGGGCGACGAACAAGUUCAUUGGCAUAGACGGCCAAUUCUCCUGGUCCAACGGUGACCCCACUGGUUACGGAUACCACGGCGACUUCAUGAACGGAUGGAACGUAGACACACUGCAGGCUGCCGUCGACCAAUGCACCAGCCUCUCCGGCCGCGUCGAGGACUGCCCCGUCUUCUCUGGCAGCCUCCAGAGCGAGGCCAAGAUGGGCACUUGCGAGAUCCAGAAGAUGCCCGCCAUCCUUGAGGCCGACGACUGUGCCGGCCCCGCUAAGGGUCUUUGCGGAAACGUUCCUGUCCAGUACGGCCCAGGCUACGCCAACCCUCUCAACCCCGGUUCCCCAGACAAGCCAUCUGCUCCUCCCGUCAUCUCCAGCGCCCCCGUUCCAACUCAGAGCUACGCACCAGCUCGCUCUGAGGGCCCCGGUGGUGUGUCAGUCUACAACGUUGCGCCCUCUCCCUCACCAAAGCCAGCGCCCGCCCCCAAGCCUGAACCCGCUCCUGCUCCCAAGCCCGUCGAGCUCCCCAACAUCCCUGUUGUCGAGAAGCCCGCCCCUGCGCCUCCUGCCCCCAUCGUCACCCCCGCGCCCGCCAAGCCCGAAGUCAACGCCGCCAACCCCGGCAAGAUCAUCGGCACAUCCUCCUACACCUCCAACGGCAUCGAGUACGUCGUUGCGAUCGAGGAGGUCGAGGUCGUCGUCUACGUCACCGAAGACAACAACAAGAUGCGCAACAAGAGACACGCGCACGCCAAGGCGCACGCAAGGAGGCACGCUGAGCGUCGCAACUAAGGAACGGAAAUCCGACAUGCAUUUUUACGGUAGCUUUCAGAUUAGCAUCAUCUUUAUCAUCCCUGACAUCGUCCGUUUGGCGAAACGAUGAGAAUUGGAUAUAUAUAUGUUCGAACUCAGCAUUGUUUAUCGGCAUCGCUUAUAUAUGUAUGUGUGUGUUUUUCUCUACUUUGUGUGGGUACAUAGGGAAGGUUAGCGCAAGCAACUUUUGCGAACGACUGUUUGGAGUGUGUGUAUUUUCUUUGCGUUUCCCUUUUUUUUUUUCAAUCUUGUUCUGAAUACCAAAGUUACCAUUUUUU